AUGCUGUUUUCUGUGCCGUAGCUGAAGUGUUCGCGAGAUAGCGGUAAGGAGUACGAACCGUAAGUUCUGGUCCCCUUUCAAACGAGCGUCUUACGUUACGGUAUUCGUACCACAAGCACCUCGUUCCACCAUUUUUUCAUCCAAACACGAAAAGAGAUAMACGAAGCAAUUUGGCGGCACUGGAAUCGAACAGGAACCGAAACCGAAACCGAAACAAUGCUGUCUUACGAGCUGCUCCAAGCCCUACUCUCUCCAGACGCGGGGAUCCGCGAACAAGCGGAGACUGUCUAUCGGUCGAUGAGUGUCCGAGAACGCGUCCARUCCUUGACAAAUCUGCUGCUGGCGUGCACGAAUAGURCGGAUAGCGAUAGCAUCGCUGUCGCUCUGUUGGGAGCGGUCUUGUUGCGAAGAGACAUUCUGAAAUUGACGGAUCCGUCGAUGCUAAACGAAUUGGUCGCUCCUCUCCUGCAGUGCUAUUCGAAUACGAAGACGGCGACGACGGCGAAUGCGUCGAACACAAAGGUUGCCCUUGGCCACUGUCUCGCGGAAAUCUGCUCUAGCCUUUCUGUUAUUGAAUCAGGRUCUGCCUCGACGUCGGAGCCAUCCAGCGUGGAUUCAAUCAUCUCGAAGCUUGUUGCGACCGUUGGUGCCAGCGAUGUCUCGGCAGGAUCCGAAUCAGAGACAGUAUGCUUCUUGAAACUCCUCGCCGCCCUUGCGGAUCGAGCACCCAUGCCGUUUGCCCGGGUGGGGAUUCCAUCGUUAUCGGGGAUUGUAAACACCUGCCUUCAAAAUAUGAGCACUAAUUCUGCCAUGGAUACCACCAAYCUGUGGACAAAACUUGUGGAAGUGGUAGUCAACGGAGCCGUUGCGACAASCGUCACCGAAGUGUCACCGAUUCAUGGAGCGGCGGCUGCCAUCAAGGAUCUYGACGAGGUUCUGGUCGACGARCAYUCUGCAGCGGCGCAAAUGGGAUUCCAUCUUUUGCUGCCGAUUCUGAGAAAAAUCAACGAAAGCGGAGCCGCAAUGACAAACAGGGUAUCCCUCGAACUGCUCCAGUGCCUGACGCAUGCUUCUGUGACUUGUCCAUCUCUGUUUUGCGGAGGUGGACCAUSCCUCRAGGUCUUGACAGCUCUCGUAAAAAUGUGUCUCGAUCUAAGCUGCACUACAGCAAACGAUGAAAAYYACCAAGAUAUUGCUCUUGCAGCUCUCCAGGUAUUGGCGUCACUUGUUUCGGUAGGCGACGUUCGCCACMGGGUGAUUUCUCCUGCUAUGGCACAGAGCCUGGCAGAAAAGGUCGUCCCGGCUUGUGCCCAGCUGAUGGCCCGGGCGGGAGCCGGGGACGAGGAUGCCCAAGACUGGAUUUCGGAACCAGCCACCCUGGUAGAAGACGGCGUAGAUGACGAGGGCGAAAGCAGCGAGGACUCUGCCUUUGCCGAAGCCCUUGUAGAAUCMUUUUUCCAAUACCUUGCWGCUCCGGCUCUUGCUGUAGCCAUGCCCAUCGUGCGGCAGUUUCUAGAUCCUGCGACCGCCAACGCUAAUUGGAAGCACGUUCGAGCGGGUCUGGCCAUUCUGGAGUCUGGACUGGUGGCUGCUCCGUUUGCGCUGGCGCCAAACGUUCCCGAGAUUCUUGCGUCGGCGGCCAACAUACUUGGAGGAUCUUCCGGAGCAGCAAGCGAACACCAGCACCCUCGGGUUCGGUACCAAGCCCUCCGAUUGCUGGGAACCAUUUGCGAGACACACCCAGAAGUGCGAAGUAACCACGGCCAGAUCAUUCUGGAGCGAACGGCCGUCGCCCUGGGAUCGAACGUGAGCAAGUUGUCGGCGCUUGGGUCCCAGGUGAUMUCGUCGUAUUGCCGAGGYAGUGAAGAUCUUGCGACGGAGGACGAAGAAGAAAUGAAGGAGCAUUGCCUUGUUCCCUUCCUUCCCGAUCUUUUGAAGGCCUUGAUUUGCGGUCCAUUGAGUAAUAGUGGCUUCGACACUGGUUCGGUAACCGUUCGUGUCCGUGCGAUGAACGCGACGGCAUGCCUGGCGGAAGCUUGUGAAGAAGCUUUCCAACCCUACUACGCUCACGUAAUGCCGGGCCUCUUGGAGAGUGUAAAAUUGCCCCAGGUAGAUGUCGCAUCUGCUGCACUACAGUGCCUAACUAUUCUGGGACAAGCAGUUGGAAAAGAGAUGUUUCAACACGACGCAGAACAGGUCCUUUCUUGGAUUGUUCCAGUGCUUCCAAACCAUGUAAAUAGCGAGACAUCGUCSUCCUCCUCCUCCUUUGCUAACGAGGAACUCCUGUCGGCAUGUGCUCGAAUUGCCUCCGUGCUAGAAGAGGAUUUUGUACCUUACGUCGAUGCGGUCCUUCCCUCGCUCUAUCAGUUGGCAAAAGCACCCGCCGACAUCUCGAUCGAGGAAGGAAACGAAAGUGGAUGGCAGGGCGACAAUAAUGGUUUCAGCGGCAUUGAUGACGAUGGCACUAUGACGGUCGCAAUUCCUGGUCGUGGAUUCCAGAGAAUCACCAUCAACACGUCGGCCAUUCUAGAAAAGGCGACGAACAAUCGCAUCAUGUUUGAACUUACCAAGGCCCUCGGAGCGGCUUUCGGUCCGCGAGUACGAGAAUCGAUUGACACCUUUCUUCCGUUGACAAAAUUUUCGUAUUCCCCGGAAGUUCGCAGCACAGCUGCUCAGGCGUUAUCUGCACUCUUCGACUCCGCAUGCACAUACGGUCAAGAUGUUGGAGACAUGUCUGUGCCUCAACACUACCUGCCUUUACUUUCCGAUACCAUUUCAGAACAGAUUGCCAACGAAGAUCCAUCGGAUGUUGAAGCUCUUUACGCACUGGCUGAUUCAUUAAGUGAAAUUUACUACAUCGCGUACGGAUUCAAAGAUGAUGGGCUUGACGAAACAAUUUUCCAAAAUCUCUCUAUGCCAAUGAGAGUGGAAGUUGUCAAACGUUGCAUGACGACGAUGUCUUCCUGUUUGGAACGCCGUGAUGGAAUUGCUAGAAUUCUGCAGGGAAAUCUUUCCGGAGCGGAUGAGCAAGAAGACUACGCGUCACAGUUACGAGGCGAAGAUAGUCUACUGACACCCCUCGUCGAUUCUAUUGGAUACCUCCUGAAGUUCUCAAAAACUGAAUUUGUUCCCGUGUUUGAGACAUACGUAGUUCCCAAGCUUGGAAAGUACCUAUCCUCGACAUCUGAUAUUCGUGCGAGUGUGGCUGCUAUGUGUCUCUUUGACGAUGUUGUUGAACACUGUGGACCAGAGGCGGCUGCAACAUACUCUCCAGCCCUCUUGAAAGCCGCGACAAUGGUAAUGAGCGAACCUUCGAAAUAUGAUAGGGAUUUGRUCCAAGCAGCUGUGUACGGCAUUGCUCAAAUGUCACGCUAUGCUCCUAGCAGUACCAUCUCAUCAAGUAUGCAAACAAUUGUUCAUCAGCUGAUGACAAUCACGCAAGGAAACAAAGAAAAUGCGGGCGAUGGUGUGUACUURUACGAGAUUGCUGUAUCUGCAUUGGCGUCCCUAGUCUUGUUUGGGCCCUUUAAAGAUCUCAAAUUUKUCAACCGCAAUGCAGUCACCGAARUAUUUUUGAAAAGUCUUCCACUAGAACAGGAUGAGGAUGAAGCGAAAAUAUGCCACGCAGGACUGUGCAGUCUCGUUGAAAAUGGACAAAUCGAUCUUCGAGCAAAUGCACCAACAAUCAUUCGCAUUGYAGGAUCCAUCCUCUCCGAUGUUCAGGAGGGAAUUGACAUUGCUGCAGCUGACACAUGCGAGAGGUUGGUGAAGAUCCUAUACGAUAUUCAAAGUCAAAAUUCGGAGGUCAUGCAGAAAACGUUUGUUGCACUAGAUCCUGGCGUCCAAAACAUCAUCAGUUACGCCGUGCAGGACUUUUCUCAGAGUCGCGCAAGUGUUGUAACUCCUUGAAAAUGAAGUUGCAUUCUUUGUUGUACAUUUGAUGUCUUGUCAGAGGAGCGAUUUGAUAAUGCCUGGUGGUGCUUUCUACUUGAGAAUCUCAUUUGUUAAUGUUCUCAACCUGGUUCAAAGAUGGUAGAUGCAAAACAAAAAGGAGGUUGGAUACCGAUCAUUUGUAAUACAUAUCCUAUUCCUGCCCUAAACGAAGGUAAUGAACACUAAUGCAAUGU